AUGACGACCCCCACAUCACAAAAUGGUCGCGUUCAAGCACAGAGAUCUGUAUCUGAGCGGAUACUUAAGGGUGCUAUUGCUGACACUGAAGAUGCAUGGAUUGACUUGGUGCAAGGCGCACGUGAGCAGAGACCUGAUGUAACCAGAGUUGGUUCGUGUUGUCUGGUUGGGCUUAUAUGGAAUGGGAUGUUGUAUGUUGGUAAUCUGGGUGAUUCUAGAGCAGUUAUAGGGAGGCUGACAGGUAAUGGUAACAAAGUUAUUGCUGAUGGGAUUACCGAAGAUCAUAAUGCCAACUUGGAUGAGGUCAGAGAAGAACUCAAAAAACAGAAUAAAGAUGACCCGGAUAUUGUUGUUAAAGUAAAUGGAGUGUGGCGUGUUAAAGGGCUAAUUCAGAUUUCCAGAAGUAUAGGAGACCUUCACUUGAAGAUGCAAGAAUUUGUUAAUGCUAACCAACCAAUGCAUAUGAUACGACCCGCUUUGAGUGAUGAACCAUUCUUAACGACAAGAAUUUUAGGACGUGAAAUGAGGUUUGUCGUGUUUGCCUCAGAUGGACUAUGGGAAAACAUGACUAGUAAGGAGGCAGUUGACAUUGUUAACAGACAUCCCAGAGCAGGGAUUGCAAAAACACUGGUUGCAGGAAUCCAGAAAGUGACAGCUAUGAUGAUAUCACGUACCGUAGCUGUGCUUUUCCUUGACAAUGGGAUACCAAGAGCUGACCUGGAGCGAGAAGUUUCUGUAAAAGGGAUGGUGAAUGAGAGCACACCAUCCGAGCUCAGGGACAUUUUCUGA